UCAGCUCAUGAGUUCAGGAUUCGCUAGGCUUCGCACAGUCCAUCCAACGUGACAGAAGGGAAAGGAAGUGUCUUUAGUCGUCUUCUUCCAACUUUGCCAAUGUUCAACAGAGUGUUCAGGAUUUGGAUAUUUUGAGGCUGUGUGAUACACCCUCCACAUUAUUGAAAUAAGAAUUGUGAUUGGUGACCCCUCCUGAGCAUCUGUUGAACAUCAGUGGAACAAAGUUCGAAGCCAUGUCUAAUAUAUCCACGUUAUGGGUGUUUGGCUACGGAUCGUUGUGUUGGCAUCCCGGAUUCGAGUACGGAGAUCAAGCCAAAGGACACAUCACGGGGUUCGCUCGGAAGUUUUGGCAAGGCAACACCGAGCACAGAGGAACCAAGGAUAAGCCAGGACGAGUUGCUACGUUGGUUCAGGAGCAAAAUGCCAUCACCCAUGGAAUGGCCUUCCAAUUAAAGGGCGAAAAGGCUCUUCAGUAUUUGGAGCAACGUGAAUGUAAACUGGGCGGCUACAUCUCGUUAGUCACAAUGUUCCAUCCCCGGGAUUGUGAUAGGGAGUCGUUCCCCGUGCUUCUAUACAUCGCCACCGAGAGUAAUGAGCACUGGAUGGGCCCAGCUCAGGAUCACGAUAUCGCUGAACAGGUUGUGAAUUGCUCGGGAAGAGCUGGUCAUAACGUGGAGUAUGUGCUCCGAUUGGCCGAAUGGAUUCGGAAGGAGAUUCCAGAGACCCAAGAUGCCCAUUUAUUCCAGAUUGAAAGUCACAUUCGACUUAAAAUCACAGAGCGGAAAUUGUGCCUUCAGGCCUUGAUGGGCGAGAAGAAAGCCAAUAUUUUGGAAGCGGAGUCCGAAUCGAAUGCCACCACGAGUGGGGCGAGUGGGGAUUCCUUUGCUUUCAGUAAAUGUGUCUGCCGGAACAAACUGCGUUGCCUCAAGUUAUAGGAUUAUCGACUCUUCGCCACGUAUUGAUCAUGACUCUUCCUCCUCAAACGAAUGUCCUAAGCUAUCAAGUCUGCAAAUCAACCAAGAAAACGUCUUCAUCAUGUUCCUCCAAUUUCCACCUUUCAUCCGGGCUAGGAUAAGUCCGAUGAGAUUCAUUCAGUCUUAAGUUAUCAAGGUUUGCGCCUAACUAAACACGUAAACACACCAUUCAGAUGCUUGUUGGUCUUGCCAUGACGGGCCUUUUUGCCAAGAAUAAUAAAAAAAAGUUAGAAAACGAUA